AUGUCCGGCUCCCGGGGCCUGCCCCUGACCUACGACCAGUGGGUGCGGCGCGCGACGCUCGACGCCGUGCCGCCCAACAGCGACGGCCUCCUCCACGUGGGCGAGCGCGCGGCGCUCAUCGAGCAGCUGUCCUACCUCAAGAAGCGCAACGCGCAGCUCAUGAAGCAGCAGCGCGCCGUGCUGCUCGCGGCGUGCGAGGCCCAGGCGGCCCACGCGCAGUGCGCGGAUUUCGCGGGCGAGCUCAUGCGCGAGAAGGUCCUGAGCGAGCAGCGCGCGGCGGAGCGCGGCGGCCGGGGCGACGACGCGGCGUCCGUGGCGUCCGACGCCGCGUCGACGGCGUCCGGCGCCGCGGGCAAGCGGGGCAAGAAGAUCUUCGGCGUCCGCGUGCCGUCGAUGCGCAAGCGCGACAAGCCGGCGACGGGCGGCGAGUACGAGGCGUCGUCGGCGGCGGGCGACGACGCGGCGGGCGACGGCGACCCGGCCGCGGGCGCCGCGGAGAUGGGCGAGAAGCUCACGCGCCUCGAGCACGAGAACGGCGAGCUCCUGCGGAAGACGGCGGUGUUGGUGGACUACGUGCGCGCGACGGCGUCGAUGCCCCGGGGCCCGCUCGCGGGCCCGCGCGACGCCGACGACGACUUCUCCGACGACGACGACGACGACGACGACGACGCCGAGCUCGGCCUCCCGCCCAAGAACGGCCAGCUCGCGGGCUCGGCCUGCCUGCCCGAGCCCGUCCUCUUCGACGAGUUCGCCGGCGCCUUCGGCGCCAAGUGCAAGUGGGAGUCCUUCAUGUCCGGCAUCGUCUCCGCCUUCGGCGCGCCCCAGGGCGGCUCCUUCCCCGACGAAUUCGACUCCUGA